AUGUCUCCCGCACUUUUUGACACGAACCGGAGGACUCCCUCUGGCCAAGACCCCGAACGUCGCAAGUCUGGGAGUGGUUUCCUUUUCCUCAACAACCGCUUCAAGAGGGCCCCUACUUCAAAGACCACCAACGAAAAUGCCACCUCUAGCCCUUCCACUCCGACUUUCGGACCUGUCAAGGAUGGCUACUUCAUGAAGCGUUCCGAUUCCUCCCAGAGCAUUCCCUCUCUGGUCCAGUCAAACAACGGUGACGCUGAGGUGCGGAGACCCAUGACCGCCAUGCCCGGCCGGGAAAAGUCAUUCCUCGGCACCAAGGAGCCUGUCGUCCCGGCUGUCCCCUCCAUUCCUGACGAGAAGGUCAAGCCCGCGACUGUCCCCGAAGAAAAGGAGGAGAACGCUCCCUCGGCCCCUGCCACUAAAGAUGCCGAGUCCGCAAAGCCCAAAGCCGUGUCUGUGGCCGGGACUGCCAAGACGGCCGAGAACGACGCCGACGAGUCCUCUUCCGAAGAUGAAGAAGAAGACGAGGAGAAGAAUGAGACCGAGGCAAAGGAGCCCCAGGGAGCCCAGCUCGCAACUCGCGUUGCCAUCCUCCCUCCCCGCCCUGCCACCCCCGAAGCCGACAAGAGGAUCUCUUACCACGAGGACGCCGACAUCCACAUCAAGGUUCGCGAGUCCAAUGGCUCCCUCGUCGUGUACUCUGUCCGCUCCGCGGCUCUCGCAUCUGCGUCCCGCGUCUGGAAGGAGUUGCUCGCCAACAACACCUCCAGCGUGAUUGAGCUCCAGUCUUCCGCCGACACGGCCAGCGGCCUCGACGUCCUCUUCUCCAUCGCCCACUUCAAGUUCCAUGAGCUGCCCACCAUGCCCAACGUCGGCGACCUCUACGAUCUGGCCCUGGCUUCGGACAAGUACGCCGCCACCCACCUGCUCGUCCCCUUUAUGAACGACUGGGUCAUUGCCCUGAACCGCCACGUCCUCAUGGCCGGCGCCCGCAACGACGAGGACAAGACUCUCGUCCUCAGCUGGGUCUUUGGCGAAGCCCGCUGGUUCAGCCGCGUGCUGGCCAAGGCGGCGUACAAAUCCCGCGUCGGCCCCGACGGCGCCCUUCAGGAUUCCAAGGGACGCCCCUGGAAGGACCAGCCCAUCUCGGACGAGGUCAUCCGCAUGCUGACGGUCACCCGCGCCGAGGCUAUCGACAGGAUCAUCAAGGCCGUCAGCAACCCCGUCCACCGCCUCCUGAACCCCUCCUGCUACCCUGGCGAGGAAGUCCGCUACUGCCACGCGGGCACCGAGGACGGCACCGCCGAGGACUGCGAGCAGCUCCUCCUCGGAUCCGCCAUCAUGGGCCUGACAAAGUCCAAGCUGUGGCCCCCGCCCGAGCCCGCCAAGAUCAAGGUCAGCGCCGUCGAUCUCGCCAGGGCGUACGGCGAGGUUCGCAUCCGCCGCUACCAGACCCCGGGUCUGCGCUUCAGGGACAGCUCGGCCGAGGGUGCGCCCGUCGACGACCCGCACGCCAAGUGCGGCUUCGGGCACCGCGAGGUGAUUGAGAAGAUCCUCAACACGCCUGCCAAGAUGGCGUCCAGCGUUGUGGGCCAGUUGAUCACGCGGGCGAAGAAGUCUGGUGCGUUUGGCGAGGAGCUUUUUGCGGACCUGAAGGAGUACGUGCAGGACGGCGGCGCUGCUGUUGAGGGCGAGGAUCUGAAGAACGAUUCCGUUCACUACAAGCAGGUCCGCGUCCGGGCCAAUGGUGUUGCCGAGAACAAGACCCCUGCUGAUGAUGAUGAUGAUGAGGACGACGACGAUUCCAGCUCCGAGAGUGAUGAGGAGUAG